AUGCCAGGCUUUGAACCUGACGGUGGAUCAGAAGAAGACACUGCUGCCAUGGAAGAAGAAAAGAACGAGACAGAAAAGAAGAAGGGGUCAUUUGGAAUGCUUCGGGAAGCCACUCUGUUGGCUGAUUUUCACCAGACAUGCCCAUCUAAACUUCCACCUCAAGUAUCUCAGGAAGGGCUGAGGAAUUACAUCCACUCCCGUCUCAACGACAAUUUGGAUCCUAGUUUUCAAACAGAAGACGAUGGAGAAUCUGUCAACUUUGAGUAUGAUGAUGACCAUGAGGAGGAGGAAUCCGCAGAACUUUCCAUAGAGUCAGAAGCAAGGAACAAUCCAAAUGGGUCCUUUGUAAUGGAUCUUGAUGUAGGAUCCCAGUAUGGGGCUAACUAUCUUCCUAAUGAUAUUACAUUGCCAACUAUUAAUUUUGAAGUUGAUGAUCCACAUGCCCCCCAACCACCUCUUCACAACAUCCCCAAUCCUGAUUCUUCCAACUACCUAUUGGACCGACUGAGUACAACCGGGAAUUCAUGCCACCAUCUAUCAGCACCCAAAUGGAAGCUGACCUUCACCUCCUUUGUCUCGCAAGGAUGGGCCCACAAAGGGACCAAGAAAGAGCCUAAUCUUUUUCUGUCGGACCCGACCACUCGGUCUGAAUUGUUUACUCAGUUUUGA